AUGUAUGGUCACAUCACAAGGACUUCUUGCAAGUGGUUAAGGAGAAUUGGAAAAAUGAGUCACAUCCUGACCCUUUCACCUGCUUGUGGCAAAAGCAAAAAAGUGGCAAAAGCAAAAAAGUGGCAAAAGCAAAAAAAGGUAGGUAAUGCCCUCAAGAAGUUGAGUUGGACCACUUUUGGAGAUCUGAUGAAGGCUGUGGAUAAGGCUAAACAGGAGCUGCAGACUCUGGAGGAGGAGCACAACAAAGGAAAUAUUGAUGAGAAUUCCCUUUUAGAGGCCAAUGAGAAAGUUCUUGCUGCUAUAAAUUGGCAAGACCAGUUCCUUACACAAAAAACUUCCAAAACUAAAUUCACUGAAGGGGAUAGAAACACAAAAUUCUAUCAUGCCUGCAUCAAUUACCAGAGGAAAUGCAACACAAUUCAGUGCAUUAAAGAUCAAAAUGGUAACAGGAUUAGGAAGGAGGAGGAGAUUGCUGAAAGUCUGACUGAUAUUCCUGAGGAGGAGGAGAUUAAGAAAUCCUUGUUGUCCAUUGACAGUAGUAAAUCAGCUGGUCCUGAUGGAUUUACUGCAGACUUCUACAAAAAAGCUUGGGGGAGAUCAAGACUCCAACCAGUUCUACCCCAGCUGAUCACCAUCAAUCAAGCAGCUUUUGUGAAAGGGAUAAUUAUAGGGGACCAAAUACUAUUAGCUCAAGAACUAUUACAAGACUUGGAGAGAUCUUGCAGAGGAGGAAACAUUAUUUAUAAACUGGACCUAAAGAAGGCUUAUGAUAUGGUAAAUUGCGAACUUAUCAUGGAAUGUUUGGAGGCUAGAGGAUUCUCAGUGGAGUUCUGCCAGACCAUUAAAAGAUGGUUAGAGGCAAAUUCCAACUCAGUCCUCAUAAAUGGGAAAGCUCAUGGUUUUUGCCAAGCUAAUAGAGGCCUUAAACAAUGUGACCCUCUCUCCCCAACUAUUUUCAUUCUAGUCUUAGAUUACCUAUCAAAACUCAUAGAUGGCAAGGGUAAAAGGAACAGGCUCAAUGUAUAUCACAACAAAGCUAAGAUGGAUAUAAGCCACCUUAUCUCCACCUUAUACAUCCUCGUAUUCACAAGGGCUACCAAGGGUGCAAAUAGAUACCUUGCUGAGUGUUUGAACAAGUUCCUGAGUGUCAUGAGUGUUUGA